CGUGGACCGCCUGUAGUUGUGGAGCAACAGAGCGACAGAUGUUCAAAUCGUCGGCCAUCCACAGGCUCUGUCUCAUGGCUCCUAAACCUCAACGCUCCCGCCAUUUUGGAGAGACCGCGCUGCUGGGCACUGCAACCAAGAAGCCGAGAACUUUGACCACUGAUGCCACUGCUAGUGCCGCUGAUUCUGACUCCAAUCCGAUGAAGGACGCCUUCUCCAAAUACGCCGCCUAUCUUAAUGACCUGGUGCUUUUCCUUUUCGUGCUUAUUAAUGAAAAGAGAGAGAGAGUGGUGAAAGCAAGUCGGGAUGUAACUAUGAAUAGCAAGAAGGUCAUAUUUCAGGUGCAUAGAAUCAGUAAAAACAACAAAGAGGAAGUUCUAGAAAAGGCAGAAAAGGAUUUAGCUGCAGUGGUGGAUCAAUAUAUAUCUCGUUUAGUGAAAGAGCUGCAAGGAACUGAUUUUUGGAAGCUGAGACGGGCCUAUUCACCUGGAGUUCAAGAAUAUGUUGAAGCUGCUACACUUUGUAACUUUUGCAAGACUGGGGCUCUUUUAAAUCUUGAUCAGAUAAAUGCUUCCUUGCGACCACUAAGUGACCCAUCUGUUGAGCCUUUGCAGAUAAAUGUGCUUGACUAUCUCUUGGGGCUUGCAGACUUGACUGGAGAACUGAUGCGGUUGGCGAUAGGUAGGAUAUCCGAUGGUGAACUUGAAUUUGCCCAGAAGAUCUGCAGUUUUGUGCGUGAAAUCCAUAGAGAGCUGAUGCUUAUUGCCCCUAAAAUGGAUGAUGCGUCAGACAUGAAAACAAAGAUGGAUGUAAUGCUCCAAAGUGUAAUGAAAAUAGAAAACGCUUGCUUUAGUGUUCAUGUCAGAGGAUCAGAGUAUAUCCCGUUUCUUGGAUCUGAAGAUACCAACUUUUCGUUGUUGGGAGUGCCAGAGAUUGAGUGAUCAAGUGCUGGGGAACCGACAUAUCUAGUUUACUCAUUUAAUUUUGACCUAUACCAACUAUAGUUUUUACUGGGAGAGAAGCAAUAGAAAUCAUGUUUGCUAACAAUCAGGAGGCUAUAGUCUCCUGCUGGAUCAAGAUAUCAGGAACUAUGUAGAUGUCUGAAGUGAAUCUUUGCUUCUUUCAUGCUCAGGUGCUAAAGAGAGAAUUCAACUUUAGAUAAUCUCAGCGGCCUAAAGUACUUCCAUUGUACAUGGAAAUGCGAAUGACUUUUAUUACGUAUUUGCUCGUAUUUUACUUGAAUUAGGUUAAAUAACAUACAAGAUUUCUUCUUCAAUGCAAGUUGUCUUUCAUUUUUCA